AGGAUGAAAGCCACUUCCAGCUUGAACUUUGGAGGUUUAAGAUUUGGAUUCUAAUUCCUUACUGCGGUUCUUCAGAGCCCUCCAUUUACCACAACCAAACUAAAGGCAGAAUGAGAAUGCCGCCUACCUCCUAAGACUUUCACAAGGAUCAAUACUCGACACGCAGCGGAGCAUGCUGUACAGAGUCAGGCGCUAAACAGACGCAGGGUGUUAUUACCACAGGCGGAGCCAGCGGGAAGAAUGAGUUUCCUGUAUCCUGCGACUCGCGGAUUUGCCCAUUCCCGUUUCCAAACCUCUCACUCGGCUUCCACCGUGUCCUCUCCCGCCGCUGUCCGGACCCACCCGAGCAGCGCUGACACAGCAGAUCUGGUCCCAAGCAGGGCCUGGUCUGGAUUGGUCCACCCACUCCCGACCUACCCGAUCGCCCUGCCCGGGCCGGCGGCCCACCUCGGAUCACGCCUUGCUUCGCAACCAGCCCCAGCCCCUGCCCCUGCCCAGCCGCCGCCGCCUCCUCCAUACCUGCUCUGGCCCGUCAACCGCCAUCUUCCUUCUGUCGCGGACAGCGCCGGCUUCCCAGUCGCCUCGGCGCGCAGGCGCAGAAGCAGGGACGUGGAGCCGGAAAACCGGGGCAAAGUAGAGUUCCGGGUCAAUGGGCGGGGUGUCCGGAGAAACAAUAACAACUGGGAGUCAGAUGAAAGCGGGGUGAGAGCUACGCAAAGUCGGGAGCUUUGGAAGUGGGUGAUAAGAUUGAGUGACAUUCCCCUGUUUCACCAUGGGCAAGAAGGGAAAAAUUGGGAAGAGCCGGCGGGACAAGUUCUAUCACUUGGCGAAGGAGACCGGCUGCAGGUGGCUGCCAAGUUUAUGCCUGUAUCCAGUCUCAUUGUGGGGGUGGACCUGGUUCCAAUCAAGCCUCUUCCCAAUGUGGUGACACUCCAAGAGGACAUCACAACAGAACGCUGUAGGCAGGCCUUGAGGAAGGAGCUGAAGACCUGGAAAGUUGAUGUUGUGCUCAAUGAUGGGGCCCCCAAUGUUGGGGCUAGCUGGGUCCAUGAUGCUUACUCACAAGCCCACUUGACACUGAUGGCUCUGCGUUUGGCUUGUGAUUUUCUGGCUCGUGGUGGCUGCUUCAUCACAAAGGUUUUCCGUUCCCGUGACUAUCAGCCCCUGCUGUGGAUCUUUCAGCAGCUGUUCCGCCAUGUCCAGGCCACCAAGCCCCAAGCUUCUCGCCAUGAAUCUGCAGAGAUCUUUGUAGUCUGCCAGGGAUUCCUGGCUCCUGACAAGGUCGACAGUAAAUUCUUUGACCCCAAAUUUGCCUUCAAGGAGGUUGAAGUUCAGGCCAAGACUGUUACUGAGUUGGUUACUAAGAAAAAGCCAAAGGCUGAAGGCUAUGCAGAGGGUGACCUCACUCUGUAUCAUCGAACCUCAGUCACAGACUUCCUCCGAGCUGCCAACCCUGUUGACUUCCUCUCCAAAGCCAGUGAAAUAGUGCUAGAUGAUGAAGAGUUGGCACAGCAUUCAGCUACCACUGAGGACAUACGGGUGUGUUGUCAGGAUAUCAAAGUGCUGGGGCGCAAGGAGCUUAGGUCCUUACUGAACUGGAGAACUAAGCUUCGGCGGUACGUGGCAAAGAAGCUGAAAGAGCAAGCAAAGGCACUGGACAUCAGCCUCAGCUCAGGAGAGGAAGAAGAAGGUGAUGAAGAGGAAUCAGUAGCUGGGAACAUGAGGCAGAUCUCUAAGGAGGAGGAAGAGGAGGAACAACUGAACCAGACCCUGGCGGAGAUGAAGGCCCAGGAGGUGGCAGAAUUAAAGAGGAAGAAAAAGAAGCUGCUGCGUGAGCAGAGAAAACAGCGGGAGCGUGUGGAGCUGAAGAUGGAUCUUCCUGGGGUUUCCAUCGCAGAUGAAGGGGAGACUGGCAUGUUCUCCCUGCGUACCAUCCGGGGUCACCAGUUGUUAGAGGAGGUAACACAAGGGGAUAUGAGUGCUGCAGACAUGUUUCUCUCUGAUCUGCCAAGAGAUGACAUCUAUGUGUCAGAUGUUGAGGAUGACGACGAGGCAUCUCUGGAUAGUGACCUGGACCCAGAGGAGCUGGCAGGAGUCAGAGGACCUCAGAGUCUAAAGGACCAAAAGCAGUUAAGCGUACAAUUUGCUGAAGCAGAUGAUGAUAAAGAGGAGGAGGAUGGAGAAGAGAAUCCACUGCUGGUGCCAUUGGAGGAAAAGUCAGUCCUGCAGGAAGAACAAGCCAGCCUGUGGUUCUCAAAGGAUGGCUUCAGUGGAAUAGAGGACGAUGCUGACGAGGCUCUGGAGAUCAGUCAGGCCCAGCUGUUGUAUGAGAGCCGUCGAAAGGGGCAGUCACAGCCACCACCACCUUCCAGUUUGAAGACUCAGAAAAAACCUUCCCGGUGCCAGGAUGAGGCCCCUAAGGAGGCAGAGGCUCCAUUGGGGACAGAGGCUCCAUCAGGGACAGAGGCUGCCACCGGCACUGGCAGAGAAGACAGUGAUGACAGUUCUGACAGUGAUAGCAGCAGUGAGGAUGAAGAGAGCUGGGAACCACGCCAUGGUAAGAAGCGAAGCCGUGGGCCUAAGUCAGAUGAUGACGGAUUCGAGAUAGUGCCUAUUCAGGACCCAGUGAAACAUCAGAUACUAGACCCUGAAGGCCUUGCUCUAGGUGCUAUUAUUGCCUCCUCCAAAAAGGCCAAGAGAGACCUCAUAGAUAACUCCUUCAACCGGUAUACAUUUAAUGAGGAUGAGGGGGAGCUUCCAGAGUGGUUUGUGCAGGAGGAAAAGCAGCACAGGAUACGGCAGUUGCCGAUUGACAAGAAACAGGUGGAGCAUUAUCGGAAACGCUGGCGGGAAAUCAAUGCACGUCCCAUCAAGAAAGUGGCUGAAGCUAAAGCCAGAAAGAAACGAAGGAUGUUGAAGAAACUGGAGCAGACCAAGAAGAAGGCAGAAGCUGUGGUGAACACGGUGGACAUCUCAGAACGAGAGAAAGUGGCACAACUUAGAAGUCUCUACAAGAAGGCUGGGCUAGGCAAGGAGAAACGCCAGGUCACCUAUGUUGUAGCCAAAAAAGGUGUGGGCCGCAAAGUGCGCCGGCCAGCUGGAGUCAGAGGUCAUUUCAAGGUAGUGGACUCAAGGAUGAAGAAAGACCAAAGAGCAUUGCAACGGAAGGAGCAGAAGAAGAAAAACAGGCGGAAGUGAGAGGGUCCCUGAAAAGGCAGUGUGUGGACAAGGAGGAGGGCUUCCGUGCCCUUCACUGGUGUCCGCCCUGCCCUUGCUUGCACUGCAGUCAUCUGAAGAGGAUUGAGGCAGAGUACCUAGAACUCUGUGAUGACCCAGAAUGGUGAGGACAUCCUCUGCCUCAAGUAAGGACUCCUGUUAAAGCACCGCUGAAAUGUCACAUAGGUGCUGUGUCAGACCCCACAAACCUGCGAGGAAGAAUGGGGGGUACUGGGUGAAAAAUACCUUUAUUAAAUCAUUAGCGGGAGUUGAAUGUUAGAGUGGCAUUCAUUCUAGUCUUCCUUCACAUCACCAUCCUCUUCCAUUAUUGUUUAAAUAAAACCAUGACUAUA